AUGGCCGCACCAGCAGUAGCUUCCGCACCUGGUUCUGGUCUGAACCCAUCCUACCCAAUGGCUUCCCUUUACGUUGGUGAUCUUCAUCCUGAAGUUACUGAAGCCAUGCUUUUUGAAAAGUUCAGUACCGCGGGUCCUGUCUUGUCGAUCCGAGUAUGUCGCGAUGCUAUUACAAGACGUUCUUUAGGAUAUGCUUAUGUGAAUUUCCAGCAACCAGCUGAUGCUGAACGUGCCUUAGAUACUAUGAAUUUCGACGUCAUGUAUGGAAAACCAAUCCGAAUAAUGUGGUGUCAGCGCGACCCAUCAAUGAGACGUUCUGGCGCGGGCAACAUUUUUAUAAAAAAUUUGGACAAAAGUAUUGACAAUAAGGCCAUUUAUGACACUUUCUCUAUGUUCGGAAAUAUUCUUAGUUGCAAAGUAGCUAACGACGAAGCGUCUAACAGUCUAGGCUAUGGUUUUGUUCAUUUUGAAACUGAAGAAGCUGCCCAGAAGGCAAUCGAGAAGGUCAACGGAAUGUUGCUUGAGAAUAAGAAAGUAUACGUUGGGAAGUUUCAACCACGUGCAGCUCGUAUGCGUGAAAUUGGAGAAACUGCUCGUCGCUUCACUAACGUUUACGUGAAGAAUUUUGCUGAUGAGUUAGACAAAGAGAAGUUAGAUAAGAUGUUUUCUAAGUUUGGGGAAAUUACUAGUUCAGCAGUUAUGACUGAUGCUGAUGGAAAGUCUAAGGGUUUUGGUUUUGUCGCUUUCAAAAAGCCAGAAGAAGCGGAGCAAGCAGUCACUGAAAUGAAUGAUCAUGAACUUCCUAGCGGAAAGAAACUCGUUGUUUGUCGUGCACAGAAAAAGAUUGAGCGGACUGCUGAAUUAAAGCGGCGCUAUGAGCAGCAAAAAACAGAACGAAUGCAGCGAUACCAGGGAGCAAACUUGUACGUUAAGAACUUGGAUGAUACCGUUGAUGAUGAUGUGCUCCGGCAAAACUUUGAGAGCUAUGGGAAAAUAACAAGUGCGAAAGUCAUGCGUGAUGAUAACGGGAGAUCUAAAGGCUUCGGUUUUGUUUGUUUUGAGAAACCUGAAGAGGCAGCAAAGGCAGUGACUGAAAUGAAUGGUAAGAUGAUAUCUGCUAAGCCACUUUAUGUUGCUUUGGCCCAGCGGAAAGAGGAGCGGAAAGCUCAGUUGGCUUCGCAAUUCAUGCAGAAACUUGCUUCUAUUAGGCUACAGAGUAGUGGGGCUGUUCCUAGUGCAAUGUACACACCUGGAGCUGGGGGGUUCUUUAUGUCAUCCGCUUUACAAAAUCAGCGUACUGCUGCAUUUAUGCCAGCGACUAUUCCGGGUGCUCAAAUGCGAGGUUCUGCUCCAAAAUGGAAUUCUAUUGGUUCUACCGCUACUGGUUUUGGUGUGCAAGCUCCUUUCUUAGUUCAAAGUGGUGGGUAUGGACAAGCUGGCCGUGGGACUGCUCGUGCAACAAGUGCAACAGGGGCAGCGCUCCGAUCUCAGCAGUACGGUGCUGCAGGUGCAGGAACUGCAAGACCGUCUGCUCAAGCACAGCGAUUUGCUGGAGCAAGUGUUAUUCAAGGCCAGCAAGGAGUGAGACCACAGCAGUUAACUCCGAUGAUUUACCCCGCACCGUAUGCCGCUGCACUGGGUCGUGCCGGACAAAUCACUCAGCAAAGCAGCAUUGUUGUUGGAGGACAGGAACCACUGACUACUGAAAUGUUAUCUCAAGCACCUCCGCAGGAGCAAAAACAAAUGUUGGGAGAACGGAUUUACCCGCUGAUUGACAGAAUUUGUCAGGGAUCCGAUGUAGGAAAAAUUACGGGUAUGAUGCUUGAAAUGGAUAAUUCAGAAUUACUUAUGAUGCUCGAAAAUGAGGAACUUUUGCGAUCUAAGGUGCAAGAAGCUGCCUCCGUGUUGGCGUCUUCAAAAGGCGAGGCUCACUAA